GAGAGAGAGAGAGAGCGCGCGCCACAGAGACGGAGCCGGCGGAGAGAGGUGAAGGAGGAGGCGGGAGAGCACCACGCUCCCGGUCCGCCCCCGAGUUGCAGCGCGAGCCAUUUAGCGGUAAGAGCUGGGCCAGCUGUAGAGCGCGCGGGCGCGUGUACGUGCAAACCCACUCACCGCCGCUGCCGACCCCCCGCCCCGCCCCGCCCCCCUACGCUGAGAAAAAACCCAUUACCAAAUACAGAGCCCGAGCGCACGCGGGGAUGCGAUGGCUGCGGCAGGGGCGGCAGGAGCGGCAGCCUUGGAUUGUGUUCACGACGCAGGGCGCGAGAGCGGCACAACCUCGGGAGAAGCGGACACCGCGCGCACUCGAUCUCCACGCCGCGCGACCAUUAGCGCGCAGUUCCUGCGAGUGAGCCCGCGAGGCGGCGUUUGACGUCCCCUGCCCCCUAUUUUUAAUUUUCUUUUUUUUUCUCCUUCUUUCUCGCGAGGAUCGCCGAGCAGUCUUCUUCUAUUCGGUUAGUCGUUUUUUUUCUUCUUCUUUUUUGGUGCGCAGCUGCGAGCGGAGACAGACCAGUCUCCAGCCGGUCGCACCGACGACGAGAGCGAGCGACAACCGUGGAAACGACACUGCUCAUCUCCGCCGUCAAAAUAUCACGCACGGAUCUGGAAUGGCCCAGUAGCCUCCGCACUUUAUCCCGAUCCAGUGGCGCCGCGCUCGGGGAUACCCGAGAGCAUCCCUCCAUCCCACCUAAUCCCCCCCCCCCCCCCCUCCCUCUCUCUCUCGCCCUCUCCCUGUCUCUCUUUCAACCUCUCUCACUCCAUCAUAUGCUUAGAGACCCCAAAGGGUCCGAUCUAGUCAGGGACCAAGGGGGAGGAGGAGGAGGAGGAGGAGGAGGAGGGAGGCUGCUCGCGGUGCCGUGGUGGAGACGCACCCUCACGCGUGGUGAGGGGCUCGGCCGAAGCGCCGCUGUGUCGGAGGAUGCUGCGGGAGUAGAGUAGAGCGGCUCACGGCGGAAGAUGGGGAAGGACCAGGAACUGCUGCAGGCGGUUAAGACCGAGGACCUGCUCACCGUGCAGAAGCUGCUGCAGAGGCCCCGGCCGGGGAAAGCAAAGCUCCUCGGUUCUGCAAAGAAAGUGAACGUCAACUUCCAGGACACAGACGGGUUUUCUCCACUGCAUCAUGCGGCUCUCAAUGGCAACCUGGAGCUCAUCUCUCUGCUGCUGGAGUCACAGGCCGCGGUUGACAUCAGAGACCAGAAGGGUAUGCGGCCUCUGCAUUACGCAGCCUGGCAGGGGAAGGCGGAGCCCAUGAAGAUGCUGCUGAAGUCCGGUUCGUCCGUCAACGGCCAGUCGGAUGAAGGACAGAUUCCUCUCCACCUGUCGGCGCAGCACGGCCACUACGACGUGUCUGAGAUGUUGCUGCAGCACCAGUCCAACCCGUGUAUUGUGGACAACGCAGGGAAAACACCUCUGGACCUGGCCUGUGAGUUCGGCAGAGUUGGGGUGGUCCAGUUGUUGCUGUCCAGUAACAUGUGUGCUGCUUUGCUGGAGCCCAAAAAAGGAGACACCACUGACCCCAACGGGACGUCCCCUCUUCACCUGGCUGCCAAGAACGGACACAUAGAUAUUAUCAGACUGUUGAUCCAGGCAGGCAUCGACAUCAACAGACAGACCAAAGCGGGCACUGCCCUGCAUGAAGCUGCUCUCUGUGGCAAGACCGAUGCAGUGAGACUCCUGCUGGACAGUGGUAUCAAUGCCACAGUGAGGAACACGUACAGCCAGACUGCGCUGGAUAUCGUCUACCAGUUCACUGCAACACAAGCCAGCAGAGAGAUCAAGCAACUGCUGAGGGACGCGUCAGCGGCCCUUCAGGUUCGAGCUCUGAAAGAUUACUGCAACAACUACGACCUGACCAGCCUCAACAUCAAAGCAGGAGAUGUUAUUACGGUUUUGGAGCAGCACCCUGACGGACGCUGGAAAGGCUGUAUCCAUGACAACCGCACAGGAAAUGAUCGGGUGGGCUACUUCCCAUCCACCAUGGUGGAAGUCAUCAGCAAGCGCACAGAAGACGAACAUGAACCCCCCACUUCAAUGGAGCUGCACUGUGGCCAACAGUCACAAAACUGUCAUCACACUCGUCAGAUCCCAGGUUUGGCCAGCACAGUCAUUUGCACUCAACAGUUUCAAAAGAUACCGCUGGUUCCCCCGGCGACGGUUGCCCCUGCCAACGCGGUAGUCAACGGCAACGACACCACGUUUCAUCAGAUCCAUAUCCUGCCUCCACCGCCUCCUCCUCCACCACCACAUUCCCAUCAGCCACUGCUUCCACUUUUCACUUCCUUUGGCUAUAACAGGUCGCCCGUGACAACCCCACAGGGAGACACACCCACUGCCCCAGGUUGUCGCGGUUCAGAGGCAAGUCCUCACAGCUCUCCCACCCCGUCCAGCGGGCCCCAUGGAGGCUCCAACGAAGAGAUCUGGGUACUGCGCAAGCCCGUGGCAGGCGGAGACCGCAGCAGUUUGGGCAGUUCCGGCAGUGUCGCCAGUGUGAGGUCGUCAGGCAGUGGUCAGAGUGCCGGCAGUUCCUCACACAUCCUCCAUGCACAGGCUGAAGGGGUUAAGCUUCUAGCCACAGUCUUGUCCCAGUCUGCCAAAGCUAAGGAGCAUCUACUGGAGCAGGCAAAGUCCGUGGACCAACCUCCAGCAGGUUCUGCCAACUCCUCUCGGACAUCGAGCCAAUCGGGCUGUCCGCUCCACGAAGCGCCGCCUUACGACGCCACGGCAAACAGGAAGGGGGAGGUGCCAGGCGAGGGGAAGAGCUCAGAGGCCGUUGUCCAAUGGCUGAGCGACUUUCAGCUGCAGGUCUACGCUCCAAACUUCCUGGGCGCUGGGUAUGACUUGCCCACCAUUAGCCGAAUGACCCCAGAGGAUCUGACAGCUAUUGGAAUAACUAAACCAGGUCACAGAAAGAAAAUGUCAUCCGAGAUUAACAAGCUAAGUGUCACAGAGUGGCUGCCAGAUCAGAAACCUGCCAAUCUAGGAGAGUGGCUUUCUGCUAUUGGUCUAAGCCAGUACCACCAGGUGUUAGUGCAGAACGGUUAUGAGAACAUCGACUUCAUCACUGACAUCACUUGGGAGGACCUGCAGGAAAUAGGCAUCAGCAAACUGGAAUUCCACUCUGUUGAUGUUAAAGGCCACCAGAAGAAGCUGAUGCUGGCGGUGAAGCGGCUGGCCGAAAUGCAGCGUGGUUCGGAUGGGCGGGGUUCCCUCCGAAAGAAGCCCCCACCAAUCACGCAGCAGCAGGAAGUCGCGUCUGUGGACGGCCCGCCUCCAGACGAGCUCAUGUCUCCCAAGAUGAGCACCUUCCAGGACAGCGAGUUGAGCACAGAGCUACAGAGUGCCAUGACCCAGCCAGCUCAGGAGGUCAAAGCUCAACGAACACGCAACCUCAGCAAAGACCACGAUGAGGCGAUGGCGGGAGGCGGGGGAGGAGGUACUGGGCCGCCUAAGAAGGAGGCGCGGACUAUGAGGCAUCAGAGUAGCCAGGGAAGCACCUCCUCCCACAGGGGCAGUGUCUCCUCUCAAGGCAAACACCGUCACUCCCACUCCCAUUCCCAGCCCGCCCCUCCCUACACGCCCCCCCACACCCCUACCAAGUCUAGAACCUCAUCUUCCUCCUCCACUUCCUCCGUGCAGAGCACAGCUUCCAUGCAGUCCAAACCCAAGCCAGCCCCCCAGUUCAUCCAUGGGGAGAGACCUCAGUCGCCGCGCUCACACCCCCCUCAGUCUCCGACCCACCGUGGAGCUCCAGGUAUCCAGCCUCAGCCUCAGCCUCAGCCUCAGCAGCAGCAGCAGCAGCAGCAGCAGCAGCAGCCUCCAGUCCAGCCAACUCAUCAGGCACACCCUCACCACCCACAGACACAGGUGAUGGAGGUCAGGGAGAGCCAGCAACCACAGGUCCCUCUCCUCUGCCUCCCACCAGAGGCUGAGAUGGCAGAGGGAGAAGGAGCGGAGCCCACAGCGCUCCAGACGAAACGCGCGCACAGUCUCAACCGAUACGCCGUGUCAGAUGGCGAGUGUGAUGAGCGGGCGGGACGGGGAGGUGGAGGAGGGGAGGGAGAAGCAGAAGCAGCCGAAGGUCAGAGCUCAGCUGUCGCCAGAGGGGAAAGAGUUAAAUAUGCCACGGUGACCGGCCGCGUCAGCCGCAGCCACUCCGUCCGCAACCAGGACAAAAAUCGCAACCAGACGCUGUCCUUCGCUCUGCGCCAGAAGAAAAAGGGCCCGCCCCCACCCCCGCCCAAACGCUCCAGCUCGGCCAUCUCCACCUCCAACUCCAACCUGUCCGACGCCAACGCACAGCAGCACACGCCCACUACGACGGGGGGAAUGCUGGACGUGCCUUACCACCAACAGCGGCGGGCCAGCGAUCUCGGGGUGUCUGUGGAAACGGGUGUCGUGGAGACGAACAGCGUGGGUAGUGUGAGGAGCAUCGCUGCCAUGUUGGAGAUGUCUUCUAUAGGGGGUGGACCCAAAGGCAUGGCGCUGCAGAAGAACUUCCUGCAGGUGGGGAAGACACACGAUGCCAUUGGUCUGGACGGCGAAGUGGUGAACAGACGGCGGACCAUCAGUGGACCCGUCACCGAGCUAGUGGCGGCUGCCAAGCGCAACCAGCCGACUCCCUUCCCUCUCCCAUCGCCCUCUGUCCAACCGGAAACCUCCCCUCCCGUGGUGAAUUCGUCCUCGCCCCACCCUCCGUCCUCGCCCCGCCCUCCGUCCUCCCCCCACCCCGGCUCGGGUGGCAGCGGCAGCUCCUCAGAGAACUUGCCGUUUGCCGAGGAAGGAAGCUUGACUAUCCGUCGCCAGGGUCGAGGAGAAGGAGAAGGACAGUGUGUAUUUUGUGUUUGUCUGCAGGGCGAUGACGAGGGUCCCCAGGGAGACGGUGGCUACACCCAGGAGGACAUCGCCAGCGUUGAGGCUACUUCCACCUUAAAGCGGCGGCCCCGCGGCUCCAAGUCCCACCCCAAUGGCUCCGACUUCACCCUGCAGGAGUCGUCUACGGUCAAGCGGCGACCCAAGAGCCGCGACAAGGAGCCCGAGGGCUACGCAGACCUGGCCGCGGCUAACGGAGAGCCUGUGGGAACCGGGCCACCAAACACCACGCAGCCGGUACCUUACCAGAACGGCACUGCCACCAUGAAACGCCGCCCGGUGUCCGAUACUGGAGUGACGGAGCAACCGCAACCGCAACCGCAACCGCAACCUCAACCUCAACUGCAACCUCUAGCUCAACCUCAAGCUCAACCUCAAGCUCAACCUCAAGCUCAACCUCAAGCUCAACCCCAGAUGGCUGCUGCUCCUCGGAGGGACAGUGUGGACCAAGGAGCUCCAGUAGUCAACGAAGGAGGUCCGCCUAGGAAACCGAAGCCGCCAGUCUCCCCCAAACCUAUAGUGGGGCAGAUUAAGAGACAAGCGGGCCCACAGACUCCCCCACAGCCGGGGUCCAACAAGAGGGUCCCCCUGCCAGGCCCCGGGACGCCAGGAAGCCCAGGGGAAGGAAAGAAGAUCCCUCCGCCGGUCUCGCCCAAACCAGUGCCGCCGCCAACGGCGCCCAAACCGACCAAGCUCAUCCACUCAAUGACCAGCCCCCCCUCCCCGAACCCGGCCCCCGCCCCAGUGAAACAGCACUCUGCGGUGACCCGACAGACCAGCUCGCCCCCCUCCUUCCCUCCCUCCAACACUCCCAGCCUACCGAAUGCCAAGCCGCCGAGCCCGUCUUCCCAGAGCCCCCACACCCCGCAGACCCCUACCACACCACAGACGCCCCAGACCCCAGCCACUCCCAGUCCGACCCCGCCGCCCGUCAAGCCCCCUCGGUCCUCCAUCGGUGGGGUGUCUGUGGACAGCGGGAUGGUCGGCGGCGGGGUGACGACGCCGGUUGCAACAACCACGCCGGACUUGUGCGUGGAGUCUCUGGUGCAUCAGAAGCUGGAGGAGACCAGCGCAUCGCUGGCCGCAGCUCUGCGGGCUGUGGAGGAUAAGAUCCUGCGGCAGGAAGACUCUGUGACCGAGCAGAAGACCACGGUCAGCAUCCUGGACGACAUCGGCAGCAUGUUCGAUGACCUGGCCGACCAGCUGGACGCCAUGUUGGAGUAACCACGGACACCCGUCAGCAUGUCUCCACGGCAACGCCUCAGCAGGACUGACUCAGAUGGCACAAUGGGCAACAAUGCCUCUCUAUCUCUCUCACCCUGUCUCUCUCUCUCCAUCUCUUCAGCCGCUUUUCUUGCAUUGUGCGCAUCCCCUCCCCACUCUCGCUGUCGUCCGUCCGUCCAUCCAUCCAUCGCUCGCUGCUCUGGAAAAGCCUCCUUCAUCCUCCUGUUCCUCUCCUCCGCCAUUGCUGAUGGAGAAAGGGAUGAUGUAGCGGUGACACGGGGUGUGGAUGGGACAUGUGGCAGAGAGAGACAGUGGAUCGAGAGCGAGACACUGAAAAGAGAGAGGUUUAAAAAAAAAGGACCAAAAAGGACCGAUGAAGAGAGAGAAAGAAAAAAAAUUCCUCAGACAGAGAGAUGAAGAAAUGAAACAAAAUGGAGGAGACUGCAAUCAACACAUGGCUCUUUUAUGGACCCCGUGUGGACUCGAACAAACAAACGAAACUAAUAACGACUGAAAAAAACCAACUGUGUGAUGAAUCAUAUAGUAUGGUAUGUGUACAUUCUAAGCAUGGAGAGUUUAUAUCUACUGAAAAAGUCCUGCAUUAGCACACUAAUAUAUAAUAUACCGAUAAAUAUGAAACUCUAGCGCUUUGGUUUGAUGUCUUGGUUCUGUGUGGAAUGGUGACCUCUGGUGUUGUGACGAUGUAAAUGACUUGGUGGAAACAUUUUUAUCUGUGACCAAAACGAGACUAUUCAGCUCCUCAAUUGUGUGUGUGUGUGUGUGUGUGUGUGUGUGUGUGUGCGUGUGCGUGUGUGGGCGUGUGUGUGUGUGCACGUAUGUGUAUGUUUAUGAGUGUAGGGACCUUUUGACAGGUGUGUGUAUGUUAACGUCUGGGUUCAGCUCGUGGAUCGUUGGAAUUUCCUGAUCCAAUCCAGUUUCCUGUCCUGGCUGCAUCCAUCCUCGUCAUCACCCUCAACACACUCACUCACUCACUCACACACACACACACACACACACACACACACACACACACACACACACACACACAGGAGAAGCACAAUGACACAUGCAGCUAGCUUGCACGCACGCACACACACACACACACACGGGAGCCUGCACAAUAUAAACUAAACUGAGGGAAAUGGAGGGAGAGAGACAAAUGGCAAAAGCAGGAUGACUUGGAAAGCAGAUGUUAGGUCAUGUUGGCAUCAAAGGAAGAUUUCAGGAUGCAUUUGAAAGAGUUUGGGGGCACAAGGCCAGGUAGGAGGCAGUAGAGUUCCUCAGGAGGUCAGAGGUCAGAUCAGCCUCACACGGUCCAAGCUCCCCCUGCACAAUACAACACAAGCACCAGAGCCCGAGCCCUCCGUCCGGAGAGAGAGGGAGCAGUGCCAGUGGACCCAGCCUCACCCAGACACAAAGAGAAACAGCCGACUGACUUUUUGAUUUUGAAAUUCAGACGCUGAAAAUCUUUGACGUGGUGAAUAUUCCUUUCCAGACAUUUUAAAGCAGGGAUGCACCGAUCCAGCUUUUUCCCUUUUGCUGAUACGGAUCACCAAUCCAACGUUAGCGCAUUCGUUAUUCAAACGUCUUUUAGAAUAAAAAAUACUCUCAUUUGAACAUUACGUUUUUCUAACAUGAUUUCAUAAUUUAAAACAACCUCAUCUAAUUUUUUUUUUUAAUCUAGAAUCCAUGACUAUCCUAAAGAUUUCUUCUCUCUACUACGUAGUUGAACUGCGGAAACUUUUUAAAAAAUGCAGUUCACGUGCAUUGAAGGAUUCCAGUUUCCACCUUUAUUUAAGUUGUGUACGGUCGGACCAACGAUUGGCUGCCGGAGCCCGUUGUGAUGUCACAAACUCCUGCUGGCACAACUGCGUGUUACACUCAGAUUUACAAGAUUUGCGGUGAGCACAGGGGAAACGUCGGCCCUCCAGCGGAUGAAUGUGAAAACAGCCUUCUGGUGUCAUACGUGAAUCUGUAAACUCUAUUUUGGGGGAAUUUACUGGAAUCGUUUUCAAGUCAGGCAAUACUGAAUUUAUACUGAAUUCCAGUGAUGCAAUGACUGUAUUUAAUGUGGACUGGUACCAUGUGACCUAUAGCCAAUCCAGUUAAUAACAUCCGUAUCAGCCCAGUGUGGUGCAUCCCUACUUUUCAGAUUCCUGCAUUGAAUCAUUCUUGUCAAAUAUUUAACUUUGAUUAAUUUCUGCAGGAUAGAAAAAGAAAAAAACGAACCCCCUCCCUCACACCUCAGCUGAUUACUCUUCCUUCUUUACCUCCCUCAUCGCACUCUCUCCCAACCACCCGCCCCCCUGCUGCCAUGACAAUCUACAUCAUCUCCCCCGCCAUCCUCAUCAGGCAUCACCGUGGCUACCGCACAGUGUGUUGCCAUGACGGCGUUUUUCAUGAGAUUUGAAGAAAAAAAGGUGUCAAGAUGGAGCAAGCGGCGGUCGGGACCUAGUGAAGCCGGAUGUUUGUUUGUUUUUUCCCCCCGUGCAACGUUAAGUUCCUCAAGUUUGCACCUUGGUCCAUUAACAAGAUCUCGGUUUCACAGUCCCACAGCGGCCGCACUCCUUAUAUCGAUGAAUAAGAAUCCAGAGAAUAGUUGUGGUAUUUAAAUUAUGAUCACAUAGAAAUUAUAUAUAUAUGGAUAUUUGCAAAAAAACAAAAACAAAGUGUAUUUAUGAUGUGUGUGUGUGUGUGUGUCACCCUGAAGACUAUUUUUCAAAGUGAACAGAUCUAAUAUGAGUGUUGAGUCCGUUUGCUUCUCCAUGCUUAAGUGGUCUGAGCUGAUCAUUGUAGGAUACCAUGUCGGGAUAUUUCCAGGAAGUUAUCUUUUUUUCCCCCCCCUCCUCUGCCUACAUGUGUCCAGGUGUGGCAAUGUGUAAAAUGCGAGCAAUUCUUGUUGGUAAGUUGUAUGAUUUUUUUAUUUUUAUUGUCUUAAAUGCAAUAUUCAGUUGUUUGUUUUUUCCUUUGAAACAUGUGCCUUGCUUUGUGAUGUUGGUCUGACUACAAUACAGUAGAUGGGUAUGUACAAAAUGUGGGGAUCUUUCUCUUUCCUCAUCAUGAAACUAGAGACGCCGCCUCGCAGUACGCACUGUACUGUGAGCUUCCAACAACCAGUCACAUUGCAGGAGAUAUGGUCACAUGGUCUCCCGUUGUGGUCCCAGUGACCUUUGACCAGCUACAUCUCAUCAGUCCAAGUGGACUUUGGUGCCAGACGGAAUGAUGAAAUUCCCGAGAUACCGCAUGGACAAAAAAAAAAAAAAGGGAAGGACGAGAUGUCGCAGUAACCUUAACCUUUGACCUUUUAACACAAAAUCAAAAUCACAGUCAAGGUUCAAGCUCAACUUUAAAGAAAUUGCCCCGAGGCGGUGCUAAGAUGCCGAACGCACAACCCGAAAACACGAUGUGUCCUUUCACAGCCGUCGUCGGAGCGGAGGCAUUGAAGUUAUAAAAAGUCAUUAGAUCUACACACAAAAACAAAUAGUCAAUAGUGACAUCUUUUCCACCACUUGCAAGUCUUUUCCACCUGAUUGGACAGUUAGCGAUUUAUUCCAAUAACACAACCUGCAACAUCUGCGUCUCCCAAGUUUGCUGCACUACGUUGUCAGAACAUUGAAGGUAGUGAUAAAAUAGUCUCACACACUUUCUUCCCUUGAGUCAGAUGAGAAGACUGACACCGCGCUUACGUCUGAGUGAACAAAGGUGAGCUUAGCUUUGCGUGAAGACCUGAUUAAGGGGGGAAAUAAGAUAACCAGCUCACUAAUGAUCAUCUUGUUGAUUUGAUUCGUGUGAAAAUGAACCGCUGCGGUUUUCACUAACCUUUGUCCUGUUAGUGAAUUGAGUAAUACAUUAUAUUUUACCGACUACAACACGUGUCAAAUUUAAUCUGUUAGAAAAUAAAAAAUCUGGCAGGAAAGCAUGUCAAACACAAUGGUUAUCUGAAAUUGACAGCAUAAAAUGACGUUAAUCUGGUAAACUCUGUGAUGCAGGGCAUCAUAACUACCAUGGUAGCUUUCGACAACGCCUCCGCCCCGACAGCUGAAGUUUACAGACGUCGGCCCGCCGUGUCAGAGCAACACUUUGCCUUUUCUCCUCCUUCCUUACGUUGGUCUCACAUAGGUCAUCUCUCAUGUUGUAGGCGCUAUUUUGAAGUGUGUGUGUGUGUGUAUGUGUGGGGCUGAGGUGAGGGUGGGCUUCAGGUCAGGCUACAAAGAUGAAAUACCCCAGAUGGUUAAAAAAAACAAAAAAAAACAGAUGGUCAAAUAUGUCGUGGAGCAAAAGUGGUUCAUGUUAAUAUUUUUUUUCGUUAUGGAAAGAAAAGAAGACAAAAAAGUCAAACUGUUUUUUAUUUAAUUUCCCACCUGUGCUGAUCUGAACAGAUUUUGGCCUGGUGUCUCCUCCGCUCUGCAGCGACCGUGUGCGAGUCCUCGAUGAGCUGAGCGUGUGUUUACGUGUUGCUCUGCUUUCGACUGUAUGAAGCCUGUGUGUGAGCGUGAGCGUGAGCGGACAGUGGUGUGUGCUUGCAGUGACUGCAUCUUAUGGCCAUCUGCUCUGAAUAAAUAAAUGUUAUAUACAAAA